CUGAUUUUCUCCCACCUUUCAAUUCGAAACCUGCAAAAAUCUCUGGUUCACAAAAAUCGAAGCCAUGGAAGUUGGAACUAUCUUCAUCUCCCUUCCACAAUCCCACCUUCAUCUAUGGCCAAAUCCUUCUCCCUUCCAUCGCUUCCCUUCAAUUCCCCACAUUCCAUUACAUCGCAUCUCCCAAAAAUCUCUUGCUCUUCCACGUCCAUCCAGUCCCAGUCCGCCAAACGCGAACUCCUCACCCUCAUAUCCGACCAAGAAAGAGGCCUCAAGACCCAGAGAAACCCUCAGAAACUUGCCCUAAUCGUCAAAUCAGUCGACGCAUUGGCUUCUCUGGCCCGUAAUUCAGUCACUACGGACGAUUCGCUGUCUGCGACAUGGCGGCUUCUCUGGACCACUGAGAAGGAGCAGCUGUUCAUCGUCGAGAAGGCUCACUUGUUCGGUACUCAAGCCGGCGACGUUUUGCAGGUCAUUGAUGUCGAGAAAAGGAGUCUCAAUAAUGUGAUCACUUUUCCUCCAGAUGGGGUUUUCUUCGUUCGAUCUACCAUAGAAAUUGCUUCGUCUCAGAGAGUGGAUUUUAGAUUUACGAGUGCCAUUUUGCGAGGAAAAAACUGGGAGGUUCCUUUGCCACCAUUUGGACAGGGUUGGUUUGAAUCAGUAUACCUUGAUGAUGAGAUUCGAGUUGUGAAAGAUAUCCGAGGUGACUAUUUGAUCGUCGAGCGUGCUCCCUACACGUGGAAAGAAUGAAACGUGAAUCACUGGUUGUCAAUGCUACUGUAGAAACAUGAUACAAUUGAUUGUAGUAGUGUCAGUAAUCCAAAUUAAUCUGAGUAAAUAUCUUGGACUGUAUGCAUGCUUCACUCACUGUUUUAAGAAGUAUAUAUAUCAUUAGAAACAUGUUUGAAUAACUCUAUUUUCAAGAUUGUUUUUUCUUGUUCUUAAGGAUGUAUUGAUAGAAUAA